UGACGUUGACGUGACGCCAACCUAACCUAAGUUGUUGUUGAUUUUUCACUUAUAAUUAAAAUAGACGAUAAUGAGUGUACUACUUUCCGUGCUAUUUUUAUAAAAAUAUAAUAGAAGUGCUCUAAACCAAUAAAAAUAAUAUAACCACACCGAUAUUAUUAGUUAUUAAGAUGGCUGACGACAUUAUUAAACAUUCUGUGCACACUCUGGUGUUCAGAUCUUUGAAGAGGUCCCAUGAUAUGUUCCUAGCAAACCACAGCAUGCUACCACCUAUUGACGAUAAAGCGGAGAAGGUACUGAAAUCAGUCAAAGCUAGAGAUGGAUAUGGUCAAGUUAUGGCUACAGUUGAGAAAGCAAAUGCUGUUAAACAACAAGAAGCGCUCAGCAGACCGGACACACCCUUGGACAUAGAUAUGGCAGAAUCAGCAGCGUUGGGUUCGGAAGGUGCAAUGUUGCCGUACACUGGACCCUCCCCCACUGCGCCAGCGCCACCAGCGGGGGCACUUACUGCCGUGCCACGUAAGGCUCCUGCAAUGCCCAAGCCCAAGUGGCAUGCACCUUGGAAACUGUUCAGAGUUAUAUCAGGGCAUCUCGGUUGGGUGCGAUGUGUGGCAGUCGAGCCAGGGAACGAGUGGUUUGCUACGGGUGCGGCUGACAGAGUGAUAAAGAUAUGGGACCUGGCCAGUGGUAAACUAAAGGUGUCCCUUACUGGUCAUGUGAGCACAGUCAGAGGAUUGGAGGUGUCCACCAGACAUCCUUAUUUGUUUAGUUGCGGAGAAGAUAGACAAGUCAAGUGUUGGGAUUUGGAAUAUAAUAAGGUGAUCCGUCACUACCACGGCCACCUGUCAGCGGUAUACACUCUCUCCUUACACCCGGCGUUAGAUAUACUAGUAACGGCGGGGCGGGACAGCACCGCACGAGUGUGGGACAUGAGGACCAAGGCCAACGUGCACACGCUCGCGGGGCACACUAAUACUGUCGCCGCGGUGCGCUGCCAGGCUGCUGAGCCGCAGAUCAUAACUGGCUCGCACGACAGCACGAUCCGCCUAUGGGACUUAGCAGCCGGCAAGUCUUUAUGCACACUCACUAACCACAAGAAGUCUGUACGCUCAAUAGUGAUUCACCCGACUCUAUACUCUUUCGCAUCAGCUUCUCCGGACAAUAUAAAGCAAUGGAAGUGCCCCGAAGGCAAGUUUAUUCAGAACUUGUCGGGACACAACGCGAUAGUGAAUUGUAUGGCGGUUAAUCCUGAAGGGGUGUUAGUGAGCGGUGGAGACAACGGAACAAUGUAUUGCUGGGACUGGCGGACCGGAUAUAACUUCCAGAGACUUCAGUCUGCCGUCCAACCCGGCUCGAUGGACUCCGAAGCGGGCAUAUUCGCGAUGACUUUCGAUAUGUCUGGCUCUCGCCUCAUCACAGCGGAAGCCGACAAGACGGUCAAGAUAUACCGGGAGGACGAAACCGCGUCAGAGGAGACGCAUCCAAUCAACUGGCGCCCGGAGAUACUCAAGCGAAGAAAGUUCUAGUUA